AGAUCCGUUGGGAUCUACUUGUUCCAGCAGAUCCCAAUCCGGGACGCAUUUCUGACUAGUUUACACUACACUAGUUUACAGUGAGUUUACACGCGCGCAUGCGCAGAGUAAACUGUACGUAAAACUGUUUGUGAUUGUUUGCUAGAACAAACCUACUAUUUACCUGAGCCCAAUAUUGCUGACAUUUAGUUGAAUCAUUUCAAUGUACGGUUUAAGGUACAAGAGAUGCCUAUUAAAAUAGAAUUCGUACCGCCUAUGCGCAGUUUACGUUUCGCACCACUUUCGUGCAUCCCGCAUGCGCAGAAGAUCGAUAGUGCUUUACGUUCGAUGUGGCACAAACCCUCUAUAGAUCUCGUAUCUUACGAUAUCGCUGUUUUGUAAACAGCAUAGAGCGGCGAGAUUUGAAGUUUCCCAUUGUGGAACGUGAAGAUAAGCUGAAAAGAAGUAUUUGAAACGAAGUCGUUUUAAGAAAACGAAGGCAGUAGAAUUAUGUAAAAAGUGUGUAUCGGUUUAAAAUUACACAUUUAUGUUGAAUGGCUUUUUUUCCGAAGUGUAAACGAAAUAAUUAAUUAUAGGUUUUAUCAGUUGUAUUUUAUCCGGUCAGUAAAGUUCGUAUACAUUUUACAUGUCUUCUUAAAGAUGCAGAAUUCCGAAAAUAAGUUUACACAUUAUCAGUUAAAGAAGCAAGCCGUAUUCGAUGUUUUGUACAAACAUUGUGAAAGAAACCAACAAGAACAAGUUUCUGUUACCAGUGUUCUGCAAUAUGUUUCAAAGGAAUUGGGUUCAAGCUUCAAAAGUCCAGAAAACAUUAUCAAUGAGUUGAACCUGAAACUAGAAGCCAAGAGUAAGGAUGGCUGGAUAUUAUUUGCAGAUGUUUGUGAAAUACUGAGUGGUUGGAUGGAUAAAAUAUCUUUAACUCCACAUUGUGCCAUGAUGAAGAAAACCUCUGAGACAAUUGAAUACACUUUUAAAAAAACAAAAUCUGAUCAUUCUCUACCAAUACCUUCUCUUUCUACAAGAAACAAUUCUACAGAAAGUGAAAGGAUUACUAAAUGUUAUGAACAAAAAGUGGCAGAGUUGCAAAAUUUGUUGAGGCAAAGUGAAGAUUGUAACUAUGUUAUACAAGUGGAAAAUGAAUCUCUUCGAAGAAAUAAUGUUUUAUUACAAAAUAAAGAAUAUCGAUGGAUCACCAAAGAAGAACAACUUGCGGAACGUGAACAACAAUUGUUAUCAGCAAAUACAUUUCUUAAGGAACAAAAUGACAUGCGAGAAAAAGAAAUCUUGACCUUAAAACAGCAACUGAGUCGCCUGAAAGUUGAGAACGAGAAGAUGGCAUCUGAAAAUCUUCUUCUUGAAGCAAGAGAAGCUGAGAGAUUACAAAUAGAGAAACAUCUUUGUGAAGCCAAAUUACAACAGACCGAAAUGCAAAUGGAUCUUAAUUCAAAAGAGAGAUUACUUGCGGAAUUGGAAACAAAAUUAGAGCAACUUCAGGAAUACAGUGAAGUUUUAGAAGCUCAAAUAUCAGAAUUGCAUAAAAGCAGUUCACCAGCCACGUCUCACAAAAAACUUCAUGAACAGAGUUUAGGAGAGGAAUUAAUGAUGGCAGACAUCAGUACGAAGAGCUUCAUAAAAAGUAAUGAUAGAGUAGGUUUGGAUAUCCCAGGAGAGAGUUCAUUGCGAGCUGAACUACAUGCAUGUGGUCAAUGGCCAUUAAUUUGUGAGCACGUUGCUGUUCAAGCUACACCUGAUACAUGUCUCUCAGAAACACAAACUGAUGAGAAAUGGUCAGCUACUGAAAAUUACAAAAAUUCUGAACCAAAGGACCUUUGCAGUAAAGAAAAUUAUUCUUUUCAUCACAGUGAAACUUGUGAUGGGAGAGAACAUGAUAUUAUUUACAAUUCGAUGGAAAUGAAUGCAGAAGCAUGUGAACAAUCUAGGUUUUCCCAUCAAGAUUCAGAGACAUCUGUGGAGACUGAUUCCUCGCAGAAUAAUGUAGCAACCACCUCAGAUUCAUCUGUUUCUAAAAAUGAAACAUGUCUGUUUGUUCCAUUCGUGAAACCUAAUGGCAAAGUACAGGCAAAUUAUCCGUAUCAGUCUACUUAUGAAAUGGAAUUGUUUAUUAUGGUUGAUGCAUUGACCCAAACAGAACCACUUCAUCAGGCAAUAAUAAAUGAAGAUGUAAAAUUAUUUUCUACUUAUAAGCUAGACUCUAAGAAAGAGAGCAUUCCUGUGAAUUCGUCAAGGUUUUUGAUACCCAAAUCAUGUGCAAAAUGUAGUUGUACUGUUGUCCAAAACAGAAAUAGAAUUGGCUCCAUUUCUCAGAGCUCAUCAAAAGAAUCAAAGUAUAUGGAAACUGUGAAGAGUCAAGGAGAAGUUUCCAAUGUGGUCUCACCUGAAUCACACCAGCUUUUUAAUAUUUCUUUGAAAAAUGCCCUUUCAAUGAAAAUUUUGUGCAAGAAGCAAUAUGGAAAUCACCACACUUCUAUAACCAAGUUAUUUUGUUGCAACAGAGGAGCUAUUUAUCAUGCAAGAUCUGUUUGCUGGAACACAAUCAUGCAACACAAGAAGCAAAAUGGAUCGCGUUUUCAAUGCAGAAUCAUACAGGUACUAAUAGUGAUGUUGGUUUGGUAUUUAUUCCAAACAUUAACACAAUUCUAUGAUGGGCAUAUUUGGUGUAAAUUUCUUUCAUUGUGGCCAGAGCUACACAGAGUUCUGGCUCAGAAAAUGGAACUCAAUUGGCCAAGAGGGCCACCUCCUCAAUAAAUCGGCUAACAAGAAGAUCCUUUGCAUUUUCCAGUUUUAUGACUUCGUGUGAUGGUUGGUUGAAAUAUGAAAAGUAUUUCAUACUCAAUAUAUAAUUAAAGAAUUCAUUUUCGAAAGAAUGGUUAAUAUAUUUUUAUACCAUUUACUUUGAAUGUAUGUCACAAUAAUAUAUUUAAACAUGUGAUAAAAAGAAAAGUUCUUGUGUAAUGUAUGUGUUAACUAAACCAUUACAAAUACAUUUGUUGUAGAAGAAACAUU